AUGGAAGACAGCCGACCUGUAAAUGUUUCAGAUGAGCCAAAUGAUAAAGAAAGCGAACUAAAAAAGGAAAGACCUAAGAGCUUACAUUUGGAGAGCUCCAACUUGGACACCGACCAGCAACGAACCCCUGAGGACGAUACAGGAUCAGGAGAAACCAUAAGGUUACAGAUCUUAAAGAUUGGGGGUUUCAGUAGAUAUCAAGUUAGAAGUAGUUAUUGUUGCUUUGUUUAAAAAUAUAUUAUGUUACUUGACUGGUUUCUUUUUACUGCCAAAGGAAAACCAAGGAGUUUUCUUCAUCGCAAGAAGAUCUUCAGUCACGUAACAACGGUGAAAGUCGAGAAAGGUAAGGAGUAGUUUGUUUUAGAUUUUCGUUCAUUUAGAUCAGCUUUCUAUUUCACCGUCAAAUUGGGAUCUUUUGGAGACGAUAUGUUACUGAAGAUAUUUUUUUAGGUGCAAUAAAAUUUUAAAAAACUGACAAAUUUAUAUUCGGGGAGUCACAUUUAUAUAUUUAUAUAUUUUUUUUGUAAAAUAGUAUUUUACAAAAUUACGGAAGACCAUGAAAUACCAGAAUGACAGCAUACCCUCCAACAAGACAAUAUCCUUUGAGGUACUUGCAUGAAAAUGUCGCGUAAUCACUUUCGACGCCAGCGCCGGCAACUCAAAACUCAUAAACUACGUAAGCUUACUUUAUUAAGAGUAUGACUCUUGUAUGGCUCCUUAAUUUUCUUCGCUCGCUUUUUUCUUUCAUCCAGUAUAUCUUGGAUCCUGUUGAACAGAUAUUCUCAGCUUAUAUUCAAUAUUCUUGGCCAACAAUUUCAUUUUAUGGUCUGAAAAAUACCCCGGUAGUUGCUUAAUUAUGUAGGUUUUCGUCCUAGGGGGUGGGUAGGUAGUGGCUUUAAAUUCCUUAAUAACCUGAAAAAAGAGAUUUUUGUAGCUGGUAGUUUUGCUCCCUUUUUUUCACUUGUACAUGUUUGCCUCAAAAAAUCAGGGUCCAGAUGUAGAGUACUUAUUUAUUUUGGUGUAAGUAGAAAAUUACACUGUAUUCUUCGUUUUCUCUCUCACGCAAUAAACACAGCACUACAAAAUAAAUUAGAAACUGUCUAGUGGAGGAGUCAAAAAAUGAAAUGUUAUAAAAGACUAAUAUAUGAACAAUUUGCCCAAAUCUCAGGUCUUUGUGGUCCACAGUUUCUGAGUUAUUUGCCGAAACAUUUCACGCACUUUUGCAGAGCUUUGUAUGGAGACGCCACAUAUGGCCGCCUGAAAUCAGCAAAAACAUCUGGAGUUCACUUUUUCCAUAAAAGCUCUUUGUUUUCACUCAAGAGCUAGCAUACGUGCGCAUAAACACAUCUUUUAAUACUUGAAAUGGUUAAACUGCUGAAAAUCAAGAGCAGAGACAUUUUUCAAUGAGACAUCAAUUUCCUAUUUUGGUGUCACGCACUGAGAAAACUCAGAAGUUCAAAUUGCUGUAUUUUUGAAAUGAAACAUGCUUCAGGGCUGGAAACUGUACUUGUACAAAGAUUUAUGUUCUAUUUAUCUUAAACUUAGGGUAAAUAAGAAUUUGUAAAACCUCGCUUUUUUGACUUUGCAAUCUGAUGACGUCACAGUUAAAACCAUCAAUGCUGUCAUUAUUUUACAGUAGAUUAAAUUAUUAAAUGCUAUGAUUUCCAGUCUUUGUGUAUUACUCUAACAAUUUGUAUGUUACCAUGAGGUAUCCUUUCAUAGAUCCUGCUUGUUUUAUUUUUAGUCCUGAAGAUGUUGAUGACAAUGGCCAAAGACCUUCUUCAAGAGGGUAACAGCUGAUUAACUUCUGGUUUCCUUUACUGGUUGUUAGUACUUUGUUGAAAUGAGUGCAGUCAUGACAGACACUUAGUCAAGUUGUUUCCUGUAACUGGGUCAUGUAGCAGCUGCUCAGAAGAGAAGUCACCAAUAGUGCGUUUCCCUGACCCCAAACAGUACUAAAACAAUUGGAAGUUACUGUACAGUAACAAAGGACACUGGUUAUCCCUCUCUGGAAUACUCGUCGAGGAUAUGAUGGGUAAACAAAUAAGUAAAAAAGUCGGACACUGACGACCUGAGUUUUGAGAUUCAACGACAGAUAAGUAGUCAGCGCCAACAGUGUCUGACUUGUGCUUCAGAUAGUUUACUAUUAGAUGAACUAUUGCUAACAUCACUGUUUACACUUUUGCUCAUUAGCAUAUGAAUUAACCCAUGGAAGAUGUCACUGUACGUACAAAUUAGGUUCAGAACUUUAAAGAGCUCAUUAAUUUGAGCAGUUUGUGCAAUUUCCAGCUCUUAACAAUUGAUAACAUAGGAAAUAGCAGCAAUAAAGAACUAUGAUUCAAUUGCUGGGCGGCAAAACUGUUAAUAAGCGAAUAAAUCCUUCAGGGUUUUCAUUAAGUGAUGGUAACCGGCUAAAAAAAUAAUGGUUACUUUGAGGUCUGAGCCGUCUACUUUUGGGGGAAAAAGGGUAAAGUGAGGGAGUGAAAGCUUUAAAUUGCCUACAGAACUCGAUUGCCAAGCCGCCAAUUUUUACAUCUUAGAUGACUACUUUAAAGCUUAAUGAGAACUGUCAUCCUUUGUAAAGUUUGGGGUUUUUCAAAGAGAAUUUCUCUGAAACUAUUUGGCAUAUUGGGCUCAAAUUUUCAGACAUUACUGAAGUUAUUGUGCUCAGUUUCAUUUUUCAGUGAUUUCAUUAUAUAAGCUUAAUCCCUAAUAAUAAUAAGCACCCCAAAUACUUUUAGGAUGUAUAAGAUUGAAGACUAUGGGACUACAAGUGUUUGUCUGAAGCAUGCUUUUGGCAAAGGCUGGCAGUGUCACCAUUAAACUCAUUAAUGUACCAGUCAUUUCCAAAACCGUCCAUCCCCCUUAACAUAUCCCAAGUAUUUGACUGGAGUUUUGCUCCAUAACACAAAAGAGGCCCCUCCUUUCAGGCAUUUGACUUUUGUGUCAAAACACUGGUCAGCCUCACAAGCAAAAUGAUUUUUUCAUUCUUUCCACAUUCAGCACAUGCACUGUGUUCAAGGAUCAUUGCUCCUCUAUUCACUGGUUUGUUGGAGCAUUUGAGAGCCUUUGAAAAGCCCAUUAAAUAUGGGCUUUCUGGAAUGAACAAUUUUAUUGAAAUGAGCUUAUAAACCUCCUAAGACAGCUUUCCAAGACCUUAGAUACUGGGGUUGUGUUUUGUAGGAUAUUUUCAUUUGAAUAAACAGUUUGACAAAAUAAAAGUUUGAAAAUAGUCGCUGGUAAGUGGGGGAUUCGGCACUUUUUGAAGCGCUAGGCAGUGGGGCAUUUGACCCUCUAAACUGCCAACAUAAUGGGGAAUUUGACCAAAAAUUUUCAAAUAAGUGAAGUGCCUGGGGGUUUGCUCAGGAAGAGGGGAUGUGGGUGGUUUUGGAAUUGACUAGUACAUAAGAAUGCUAGAGAAAGCCCUUUAAUUUUAACCUUAUAUAAUAAGUAAUAAUAAUUAUUAUUUGUUAUUAUAUUUUAAUCCAUUUACAUUUUAUCUCAUUUUAGUCAAACUAUAGCAAACAGUUUAAAGUCCAAAAUAAGAGAUCUGAGUCCUUCAAGAAAGCUGGCAUCAAAUGUUAGUCCUGUUUCCAAGACAGCAGAGAGAAAAACCAGCAAGGCAAAACCAAAACAACCUGUAAGUUACUUUAUAAUUAAAUCAAUUUUGUCAGCUGAAACAAUGCUAUAAUAUGUCAAGUAUUAUUGACUGAGACUGAAUAUGAUUCAAAGAAUUAAGCAGAGGGUAUAACCUCUUCUCAAGAUCUACGUAAUUUUUCAUGUCAUAUAUUAAAGCUGAAUUCAAAUAAUUGUGCUCCGAAUUAAUUCUUACAGACAUCCUUAGGUCCAUGUAGACUUCCUUUGAAACAUUUUCCUGUUCCUCUUAUCCUGUUCAGGUAAUAGGAUAUAAAAAAAUUUUUUUUUUCUUGCAGAUACAGUAUCCCUCAAAAAGCAGUUCAUGUGUCUUGAGUAAUAUUUUUGCUCAAUGUUGCUUUCUUUGUAUAGCUUUUGAACUCUUUUGCCUUUUUUCUUGAGUUCUUUACUCAUACAUGUAUAUCAAAACAGAAAAGCUUCCCAGUUUUUGUCUGGCAGGACUUUAAUCAUAGUUGAUUUGCAAUACAAUAAUUAUCAGUGACUUCCCAGUAACUGACAUCAAUGAUGGUUCAUGUAUAAUCUACUAAGCAUCUUCCAAAUUUAGUCAGCAUCUGUUGCAAAAUAAAUAAUUAAGUAACGUCACAAAGGAAUGAAGUGUCUGAUGCAAGAUUGAAAAAAGUUUACAAUUUAUAAAUCAAUUUCAUUGUCUCGAAUACAGUGUUAACAAUGUUGAUGAUACUUAGUCAGGGUUGUCACUAAGAUUUCAGGUUGCUGUGGGUAAAUACGACAAGAAGGGGGGUGGGGAUCAAACAGCUAGUUCUAGGGGUUUCUUUUGGUUCUACUUUUCUUCUUUUUUCCUUCGAACGUAUCAUGGGGCCACAUUCAUUGUAGCUGGGGAAAUCCCUGGCCCCCUCCUUUUAAAGACAGCUCUGCUUUUUGUGUCUAGAAAACUCUGUACAUUUCUUUGUCUAAAUUGCUCAUUAUCUCUAAGAGACAACUCAUUAUGACUCCUACUUUUCUAUUAUUGGACACAGUGGUGGAUGAACAGUGACCAUGGGUCCAGGGACUAUCCCAAUGGACUACACCAAUAUGGGUUCCAAACACACCAACCAUAAGCAGGGUUCUUGAUACACUAAUCACUAACAACCAUGGUGGUAUAAAUAAUAGUUCUACUCAGUAAAUUGACACUGUCGCCUGAUGAAGACCUGCAGUACACGGCCAAAUUGUCACAAUCAAUAUCUAUGUGAAAAUUGUGACACAAACGAUUAACGAAACCCUUUACAGACUAUAAUGGUACUCACAUGGAGUAACUACCAGUAAUAUUAAUCAAAGGUAGUCCAUGUAGGUAGUCCAGCUGGGUAUUGUAGUCCCUGCAUGGACUGGGCCAGUGUUUUGUCCACCACGGUCAGUCAUCUGAGACCAGAGCACAAUAUUCCUAACUGAAUCCAAUUUUUUUGUUCUGCACUCGUCUUAAACAAACACUAAAAGAUUUAUACUAGAAAUUCGGUAUGUGUGUAUUAGAUUGCACAUGUUAAUAAAUUUGUGAAAAAAUGCUAUAAUUUCUUUAAUAUUAUUUUAGAAAUCACCUGCAAAUUGGCUUCCUGCUUCAUUUAACCAGGUAAGAACGGUUACUAGGNACAGUGGUGGAUGAACAGUGACCAUGGGUCCAGGGACUAUCCCAAUGGACUACACCAAUAUGGGUUCCAAACACACCAACCAUAAGCAGGGUUCUUGAUACACUAAUCACUAACAACCAUGGUGGUAUAAAUAAUAGUUCUACUCAGUAAAUUGACACUGUCGCCUGAUGAAGACCUGCAGUACACGGCCAAAUUGUCACAAUCAAUAUCUAUGUGAAAAUUGUGACACAAACGAUUAACGAAACCCUUUACAGACUAUAAUGGUACUCACAUGGAGUAACUACCAGUAAUAUUAAUCAAAGGUAGUCCAUGUAGGUAGUCCAGCUGGGUAUUGUAGUCCCUGCAUGGACUGGGCCAGUGUUUUGUCCACCACGGUCAGUCAUCUGAGACCAGAGCACAAUAUUCCUAACUGAAUCCAAUUUUUUUGUUCUGCACUCGUCUUAAACAAACACUAAAAGAUUUAUACUAGAAAUUCGGUAUGUGUGUAUUAGAUUGCACAUGUUAAUAAAUUUGUGAAAAAAUGCUAUAAUUUCUUUAAUAUUAUUUUAGAAAUCACCUGCAAAUUGGCUUCCUGCUUCAUUUAACCAGGUAAGAACGGUUACUAGGUAA